ACGAAAAAUGGAAAAUAAUUUGUUUCUUUAGCUUAGUCAACAUGUUUGGCCAGUGUUCACUAAAUUCAGAAAUUUACCUACAAUUGAAGUCAUUCGAAAUAAAUUACAUGAACUGCUAACUCAAGACUACAUGAUGCGUCUGAAACACCUCAGCAUUUUCUUAAUCAAUGAAAAUAAAUAAAAACUAGUUCUUAACUAUCGUUAUUAUUCGCCCACGAUUCGUGAAUCGUCAUCACGCAUUGUCACGAUGUUUAAAGAGCGAUUCUCCGAGCCCGUACUGAUAGUGGCGUCUGUGGCGAUUUCCGGCAUCGCUGUGCUGGGCACGAUGGGCAACCUGCUGGCGGUUGUAGCGCUGCUUCGCUCCACUAAACUGCGCCGCUCCUCCACCUACUACAUCGUCAACUUGGCCUUCAGCAACCUGCCUGUCUGCAUCAUCGCCAUGCCCCUGUACGCGGUUGUGCUGGUGCAGGCGCUUUGUCUUGACGAGGUGCUGGUGCCGCCGUUAGUGCUGCACGCCAUCGCUGUCAUCGGCUUCAUUGGCAACCAAGCUGAGCUUCACACCAUCUGCGUGCUGAGCUUCAACAGGGUGCUGGCGAUGUUCAAGCCGCGUGCGUACCAGAAGUUGGUACAGCUGCGCGUGUACCGCUACGUCUUGGCGGGGCUGUGGCUCUACAGUGUCGGCAUGUGGGUGCCGCCUGCCUUUGGGUGGCUGGGGGAACUUGAGAUCAGCGAGCAGGACUUGUUUGUGAUCAUCAGCCGCAAGAGCAAAAUUGCGAGGAGACUUUUCCUCUUCUUCGCCUUCACACUACCUCUGCUCUUCUCCCUCGUCUGCCAUCUUAUGCUUUUAUGCAAGGGCCUGAGGGCAGGGGUGGAGAGCUCGUCGCAGCAGCAGUGGCGGCAGCAGAUCACCAAGACCGUGUCUCUGGUCUUCCUGCUCCUGCUGGUGCUGAGCGUCCCCCACAUCGUCGUGCACGCCCUGCAGGCCAGAGGGCACUCCGAGCCCAAGUCCUGGCUGCUGGUGCAUGUGCUCUUCUUCGGGAGGUGA